AUGAGCAAGCCGGGGGACUAUGAUGCCGUCCGCAAGGACAUUGUUGCUCAGCUGAAGAAGCCUGAUUAUGAUGAUGGCAGUGCUGGACCUGUCUUCGUACGGCUGGCAUGGCACUCAUCAGGAACAUAUGACCUCGAAACCGACACCGGCGGCUCGAACGGCGCCGGCAUGCGCUACGAAGCCGAGGGCGGCGACCCGGCCAACGCAGGCCUGCAGUACGGACGGGCCUUCCUCGAGCCCGUCAAGGAGAAGCACCCGUGGAUCACAUACGCCGACCUGUGGACACUCGCCGGCGUGGUCGCGAUCAAGGAGAUGGGCGGGCCGGAGAUCUCCUGGCAGCCCGGACGGACGGACCUGGUCGACGACUCCAAGGUGCCGCCGCGGGGCCGGCUGCCGGAUGCCGCGCAGGGGGCCGAGCACCUGCGCGCGGUGUUCUACCGCAUGGGCUUCAACGACCAGGAGAUCGUUGCGCUGGCGGGCGGACACAACCUGGGCCGGUGCCACAGCGACCGCAGCGGCUUUGAGGGGCCCUGGGUGAACAACCCGACGCGGUUCUCGAACCAGUUCUUCAACCUGCUGCUGAAGCUGGAGUGGAAGCCCAAGACGCUGGAGAAUGGCAUCAGCCAGUUCGUCUACGUCGACCCGGACGCCGAGGAGGGCGAUGAGUGGCUCAUGAUGCUGCCGACCGAUAUCGCCCUCACCACGGACCCCAAGUUCCGCGUCUGGGUCGAGAAGUACGCCGCCGACAAGGAGCUCUUCUUCGACCACUUCGCCAAGGUCUUCGCUAAGCUGAUCGAGCUGGGCAUCAAGCGCGAUGAGAGCGGCCGUGUCAUCAACGCCGACAACGUCAAGGGCGGGUACAUCUCGGCGCCCAAGAAGAGCAACCAGCCCACGGGGCCGGCCAAGGGUGCGCAAGGCGGUUGUCCUGUCGGUGCUCACGGCGGAUGCCCUCGGGCUAAGCUGUGA